AUGACAGCCAUAGUCGUGCAGGCCCAGAGGCUGCUGGCCCCGAGGAGGCCCUGCAGGCCCUUCUUUGAGUCCUUGGUGCGGACCUUGAUCAUCGUGUGCGCUGCCAUGGCUGUGGUCCUCUCCUCUGUCUCCAUCUGUGACGGCCACUGGCUCCUGGCCGAGGGCCGCCUCUUUGGGCUGUGGCACUUCUGCACCACCACCAACCAGAGUGAGCCACACUGCCUCCGAGACCUGAGCCAGGCCCGUGUGCCGGGGCUGGCCGUGGGCAUGGGCCUGGCCCGCAGCGUGGGCGCCCUGGCUGUGGUGGUGGCCAUCUUUGGCCUGGAGUUCCUCAUGGUGUCCCAGGUGUGCGAGGACCUCCACUCCCGGCGCAAGUGGGCCCUGGGCUCCGUGUUCCUCCUCGUCUCUUUCCUGCUCUCCUCCGGGGGGCUCCUGAGCUUCGUGAUCCUUCUCAGGAACCAGGUCACCCUCCUGGGCUUCACCCUGAUGUUCUGGUGUGAGUUCACCGCCUCCUUCCUCUUCUUCCUGAACGCCCUCAGCGGUCUGCACAUUAACAGCAUCACACACCCCUGGGACCCUCCGAGGAAAUUUUAG